AUGCGCAGUGUCCUCUCAGCUAUUGUCAUCGCCGUCAGUGCGACCCUUGUAUCGGCUCAAGACUCUGGCACUGACAUUGAUGGGCCUUUCACCCGGGAUGAGCUCCGCUCCUCCAUUAACCUAGACGACUUGCUAGCAGACGCCCAAACCCUCGAGGGUUUUGCCUACUCCACCCCCGAACGAAAUCGAGUGUUUGGCUCGCCCGGCCACAAUGCCACUGUUAACUGGCUCUACGACGAGCUGUCUUCCCUAAAUGGCUACUACAGCGUCUCCCUUCAACCCUUUGAGGCCCUCUUUAGCAGCGGCAAUGAGUCCUUCACUGUGAACGGCGCCGACCAAAAUGCUACCCUGCUAACCUAUACUCCCUCGGGAACCGCCCUCAACACCACCAUCAUAGCGAUCUCCAACCUCGGAUGCAACGCCUCAGACUAUCCAUCCACCGUCAGCGGAAAGAUCGCGCUCGUCUCCCGUGGCUCGUGCACCUUCGGCCUCAAGUCCGCUCUCGCAGGCUCUGCAGGUGCCGCAGGUCUGGUAAUCUACAACAACGUCCCGGGCCCACUAGCCGGUACCCUCGGCGAUGCUUCCAACCCAGUCGGACCCUACACGCCCACCGUUGGCAUCCCGCUCGAGAACGGACAAGCCAUCCUUGCCCUCCUCAACUCCAGCUCUACUCCACUCGCUGGGAAUCUGGAAGUAAACUCCAUUCUUGAAAACCGUACAACCUACAACGUGCUCGCCCAAUCCAACUCUGGCAACCAAAAUUCAGUGCUAAGCCUAGGCGGACACACCGACUCCGUGAUCCAGGGCCCCGGCAUCAACGACGACGGCAGCGGCGUCAUCGGCCUAUUGAACGUUGCCCGCUCCCUGGCCUCCUACUCACCCCUCCCUUCAACCUACAACAGCAUCCGCUUUGCAUUCUGGUCCGCCGAAGAAUUUGGCCUGCUAGGCUCAACCUACUACGUUGAGAACCUGCCUGCCCCGGAACUCGCAAAGAUCAAACUCUAUCUCAAUUUCGACAUGAUCGCCUCCCCGAACUACAUUUACGCCCUCUAUGACGGCGAUGGGAGUUCAUUCAAUCUAACCGGCCCGCCCGGCUCUGAUCGCAUCGAAGCGCUCUUCCAAGAAUACUUCUCGAGCAACAACCUAAACUACACCGCGAGUGCCUUCGACGGCCGUUCCGACUACCUGCCCUUCAUCGAAGCCGGCGUUGCAGCUGGCGGCAUCUUCACCGGCGCCGAGGGCAUCAAGACGCCCGCCGACGUCGAAUCCUUCGGAGGCACGGCAGGCCUGGCAUACGACGAGAACUAUCACGAAGCGGGCGACAAUGUGACGAAUCUGAACGCGGAGGCCUUCAGGGUCAACAGUGAGGCGAUCGCGUGGAGCGUGGCGACGUUUCUGGAGAGUUUGGAGGGGAUUCCGGAGAGGAAUGCCACGCAGGGUGGGAACGGGACGGCGAGUGCGGUGCCCAAGCGGAAGAGGAGCAAGAGGGAUGUGGAGUGGAGGAAGCGGGCCGCUGGGCAGAGUGGGUUUGGGAACGGAAAUGCACAUAGUCAUGCACAUGGGAAGGGCGGGUGUGCGAAGUUCCGAGUGGCGAUCUAG